AUGAUCCUCAUCGGCCUGACCGGCUCCCUCGCCACCGGCAAAUCCACCGUCUCCACCCUCCUCCGCUCCCCCCCCCACCACCUCCCCACCAUCGACGCCGACGCCCUCGCCCACCGCGCCAUCCUCCCCGGCACCCGGGGCUACACCCUCAUCCUCUCGCACUUCGGCCCCACGACCCCGGACCUGCUGCAGCCCCUCGACCCCAGCGCCCCCCUCGGCGUCGGCGCCAACGCCACCCGGCCCAUCGACCGGGCCGCGCUCGGCCGGCGCGUCUUCGGCGACGGCGACGCCCAGCGCCGCGACCGCGCCGCGCUCAACGCCAUCGUGCACCCGCUGGUGCGGCUGGCGAUGGCGCGGGAGGUGCUGGGGCAUUUCGUCCGGGGACGCUGGGCCGUGGUGGUGGACGUGCCGCUGCUGUACGAGUCCGGGCUGGACGUGUGGGCGUCGGUCGUGAUCAUGGUGGCCGUGUCCUCGCCGGCGGUGCAGAUGCGGCGGCUGCGGGCGCGGGACGCCGGGCUCAGCGCGACCGAGGCGGAGGAUCGGGUCGGGAGCCAGAUGGGGGUUGGGGAGAAGGUGGGGCGGACGCGGGCCCGGGGGCCGCGGAGGGGGAAGGUGGUGCUGAAUGAUGGGGACGGGGGGGAACUGGAGCGGGAGGUGGGGCGGGUGAUGGGGGAGGUGAGGGGGGAGGGGGGCGGGAGGGCGUGGGGGUGGUGGUUGAUGGGGAGUCCGUACGGGGUGGCCGGGGUGAGUGCGUGGGAGGUGUAUCAGGGGUGGAGGGCGAGGAGGCGGUGGGAGGAGGAGAGGGCGGGGGAGAAGGCGAGGUUGUGA